GUAAGGGUUAGUCACACUCUCAGUCACGAGCAACGCCACCCCCUUCACUACCUAUUGUUCUGAGGGUAUUCACUCCUAGCGCCAGUCAGGUUAUGGACCCACUGCCGUUCUGUUUGCUCCUGGUUGUUCUCAGGCACAGGUACAAAGUCUCGUCCUUCCACCCAUCUUCCUCCUCUUCUCUUUCUUCCAGUAUCCAGUCAGACCGAACAACCGUUGCCACUUCUACUUUCACACAUUCCACACAAUCUCGACUUCUUUUAUCCUCUUCGGACAUCCAUCUUUCCAGCAACCAGAACCAAUCAUCAAGAUGAUUUGCACCGUCGAGACCAAGACGGCUAUGCCUCGUCAGCUUAAGCAGCUCACCGUCCACCUCAACGCCAGCGUCAACACCUGCCGCCAGCCGACCAUCGGCAUGGCCAAGAAGGAGUGCGGUCGCAACAUUCACCACUGUUAUCCCCCUCACGUCGGUCUUCGCGAGAUCAUUCUCGCCGAGACCGGCCGCAAGCACUUGAUCCAGAUGUCCCCUAAUGACUAUCUCAAGCUCCUGGGCAUGCCUUCCAACUCUGCUGAGUUCCACAACGAGGCCUUCCACCUCGCCUACGAGGCCGUCACACAGAAUUUGGAGUACAAUGAGUGGGUUUCGCGCGGGAUGCUCUUGAAGGAUAUCAUCAUCACUCUCAACUUCAUCGAGGACAUGGGAGUCGAGAGCCAAGCUAUCGACCUUCUUUUCUUAUGCCCUCAUCCCAUUUGGAUGGGCACCUACAAGAAGACGGAGGAGGAGUUCUUUGCUGCUUGCGAUGAGAUUGAGAGCCAGAUCCGAGCAAGUCCAGCGACACUGUUGUCGAAUGACGGCAAACCACAAAAGGUGGCAGCUGGUUUUGGGAAGGACAUGGAGAAGAUGCUAUGCUAGCAAGGUUUUAUGAAGGGGCGGCAGGUCGGAGGUUGGUGCAUAACAGAAUCAAAACCGGGCUUUUGUGUUUUCUUUCUUUCGUCUGACCUCGUGGCAUUAUCGGAUCCCUUUGGUUUCGUACCUAGGUAGAUAACUACUGACCCACGUCCGAGGAUGUUAGAGUUGUGUCGGCAUUGC